AACCAAUUCACCAACUCCCCUCUUAACCAUCACCAUGGUCGGCCCUGCUAAUAAACGGCAAAAACGGGACGAAUACCGUAAAGCACAAGAGCAAUACCAAGGCCCCAACAAGAAACCUACAUCCUCGACCGAGACUGGACCUAGUGCAUCCAACAACAAUGGCCGUCCAAUUCAAUUACCAAAGAAGAAAUUCUACCGUCAACGAGCUCAUGCAAAUCCCUUUUCGGACCAUGCUUUGAUUUAUCCUUCAUCGCCUGAAGAUAUGGAUUGGUCGACUCAUUAUCCUGAUUUCGUCAAGUUGGACAAUAAUGAUGAUGAUGAUAAUGAUGGGAACGAUACCGCAUUACAGUCAAGAAGAAACAUGAGCUUGACCCAAAAUAUUGAGAUUGCGGAUAUUGGGUGUGGGUUUGGUGGGUUAUUGGUGGCUCUGUCGCCUGCUUUUCCGGAUACAUUGAUUCUAGGUAUGGAAUUACGACUCCAAGUAACGGAAUAUGUCGUGCGUCGGAUCCAUGCUCUACGGGCGCAGAAUGCCGAUCAAGUACCCAAAUCCACGUCCAUGUCCACGACAACGACAACGACGACAAGUUCACAUGCACCAUAUCAAAACAUCUCCUGUCUUCGAGCCAACACGAUGAAAUUCCUCCCUAAUUACUUCUCUCGUGGACAACUGAGUAAAGUGUUUUUAUGUUUCCCAGAUCCGCAUUUCAAACAGCGCAAGCAUAAAGCAAGGAUCGUGUCGGCACAACUCAAUGCAGAGUAUGCGUAUGUGACGCGUCCGGGUGGGUUGGUCUACACUAUUACUGACGUCGAGGAGUUGUCGGGUUGGAUGGUCAAGCAUUUCGUGGGUUCUGAGGCAGGCGAUGCUGCUGAGUUGUGGGAGCGUGUCGACGGUCAGGAUUGGUUGAAGGAUGAUCCGUGUGUUGCGAUCAUGAGUCAGGAGACUGAAGAGUCGAAAAAGGUUACGCGAAAUGGUGGGAAUAAGUAUAUUGCCAUCUUUCGAAGGAAGGAAGAUCCUGCGUGGCCGACGUGAUGGUAUGAUGCUAUCACGACAAAUGUGUACCAUUUUUGAGUGUACGACAUACAUCAGAGGAACUGCAGUCCGAUCGAACUAUACAGCUGGCUGGACUUUCUUAUCGCGCGAACCAACGCC